AUGUCACAAAACCACGGUUCUUCACUGGAGCGGCCAGUAACGCCUUAUGAAUUGAGACGAGAAUAUCCUAGCAGCGACGACGAGUAUGACAGCGCAGGUGAAGCUACUCCGUUGACAAUUAAUGAACAGCGAAACGUAGAGAUUGCCGAAGAUUUGCCGGCUCCAUCUACGUCAUCUAAUUACAAUAGGCACGAUCCCUGGGUUAAAUUUAGGACACGUUUACGUUAUUAUGUUCCAGUAUUUCAUUGGUUGCCAUCAUAUUCUCUCGACACUUUCUGGAACGACUUUUUCGCCGGAUUGACUGUAUCUGCGAUAUUGCUUCCAUCUGGGCUGUCUUAUUCUAUUUUGGCGAAAGUACCUCCUGUACAUGGCUUAUAUACUAUUGUAAUUCCUGGUGUCAUCUACUCGUUCUUGGGAACUUCGAGACAGUUAUCAAUUGGCCCUGAAGCUCUAGUUUCUAUGCUGACAGGUUCAGCCGUGGCUCAAGCUGGAGAUGGCACUGUCGAAAAUGCUGUGGUGAUUGCAUCACUCGUAACCUUCUUUACUGGCCUUCUCACGCUUAUUCUUGGACUGAUUCGUCUUGGCUUCAUUGAUUCUGUACUAUCGCGGGCUCUUCUACGUGGAUUCAUUACAGCUGUAGCAAUCGUGAUUAUUAUAGAACAAAUGAUUCCGAUGCUCGGCUUAACUGAACUAUCAGUCCAUGUUGGAUUAUCUCAUGCUUCUUCGACAGUCACCAAAGCAAUAUUUAUUCUAAAGAAUUUAGAUCAGAUUCAUGUUGUCACAACAGCCGUAUCGUUUGGCAGCUUGGCUUUCCUUUUGGUUAUACGAUUCAUCAAGACACAAUUUCAAAAAAAACCCUUUGUGCAAUUCAUCCCAGAAUUCCUUAUCGAUGUGAUAAUAUUUACUGUGCUCUGUGGAGCUCUUCGAUGGGAUCAAGAAGGCGUAAAGAUUCUUGGAACUGUACAGGGAAGUGGAUUUCCCAAAUUCUCCAUUCCUUCGUACCCAAACGCAAAUACUGUCAAAGAAUGUUUCGAAGCAGCAGUGUUAAUAUCCAUCAUUGGAUUCGUGGAAUCAAUUGUCGUCACAAAAACAUAUGCCACAAAACACAAUUACGCGGUCAGCCCCAAUCGAGAGCUGGUCGCUUUGGGAUCUGCGAAUUUUAUCGGGAGUUUCUUCGGAUGUAUUCCUGCGUAUGGUGGAAUGGCCAGGAGUGGGAUAAACGAUCAAGCAGGUGCUAGGACACAACUUGCAGGACUGAUUACGGCCAUGUUUGUGCUGCUCUGCCUGUUUUUCUUUUUGCCAGCGUUCUAUUAUUUGCCAAAAGCAAUAUUGGCAUCAAUUGUGACAAUUGCUGCGUUGGCUUUGCUCGAAGAAACUCCGCAUGAUAUGAAAUUCAUCUACAAAAUCAGAGCAUGGAGUGAUAUGUCAUUGCUAUUGCUGACAUUCUUUGUGACAAUAUUCGUGUCGAUCGAGUAUGGGACGCUGAUUUCGGUCGCUUUGUCGUUACUGCUUGUGGUCAAGCAUUCGACUUACCCGAGGAUAUUUCUUUUGGGCCGGGUACAAGACAACAAAUUCAAACCAAUAAGAGACUUCCCCGAUGAAGCCGAACAUGUGGAAGGUGUGCUUGUCAUCCGUAUUGCUGAGCCUCUGUAUUUUGCAAACACAGGGCAGUUAAAAGAUAGACUAAGAAGACUAGAGCAAUUCGGUGAUAUGAGCGUUCAUCCUUCAGAAGAUGCCCUAAUGUCACCCAUAGAAUACGUAAUAUUUGAUAUCGAGACCAUGGAGGAUCUUGAUGCGAGUGCCGCCCAAAUUCUUCUUGAAAUCGUAGAUUCAUAUCAUGCAAGAGGGGUCAAAGUUUUCUUUGUUAAACUUCGCCCUAAUCAGAAAAAAAUGUUUACGAAUGCGGGGCUGAUUAACAAAGUGGGGGAAGAUAAUUUCUUCAGUCGUAUCACAGAUGUACUAGGACAUAUAGGGCGAGCCGAACAGCUUUCGUUUAGGCAAGACGUUGAUGAUGACCAAUAA